GCCGCUAGUCAGGGAAAGCAGUCAAACUAGAAUUGGCCAAUAAUCGCCAAUUGAUGGUGGUAUAUAAACUCGAUCGGAAUGCAUCGUGUCAAUAUACUUCGAAAAUUCAACAACCUCAUCAUGCCUGCCACAACCCCCAACACUCUCAUCCUCUUUGGACCACAAAUUACUCGUCUCCUUCCCGGUCAUUUGGCGGAGCUGCGGGCGAUCAUCAAUGAUCCCAACUUUUCAUUCCUACUCGACGUGGUCAAGGAACUACCUUCGUUAUGGCCUUUGAUCCGUGAGUCCUGUGAUCCACUGCGACAUCUCCCUGGGCAAGAGCAGUUGCAGCAAUUGGAGAAUUUCUUCGAGACUGGUGAAUUGCCGCAGGUCGAGCCCCCAAACAACAUCAUCUUGGCUCCCUUGACCGUGCUGGCCCAAGUGACUGAAUACUUGCGCCUGGGCCGCACUGGUAAUACCCAGGGCUUCUGCGUGGGUUUCCUGGCAGCUGCCGUUGUCGCCAGCGCCCAAAAUGAGACCGAGCUGCAGCAGUUGGCGGCGGCAGCGGUUCGACUCGCUGUUUGUAUUGGAGCAGCAAUUGAUCUCGAUAAAGUCACCUUAGAUCCACAGGAUAGAAGCUUCGCAUACUCUGUUCAUUGGACAUCGAUGGCGGAAAAGACGCAUUUCGAGAAGGCACUGACAUCUUUCCCUAAGGCUUAUAUCUCCUGCGUUACGGACCAAGAUAGAGUCACAGUUACCAUCCCACUUGAGCAAUUCGCUGCCUUCUCCCUGCAGCUGUCGAACGGUGGGCUUUCCGCCAAGCCAGUUGGUUUGUGUGGGCGAUAUCAUUUGCUAGGGCGCGAGAAUAUUGUACAGCAACUGAAAUCGCUGUGCAAGGAAAAUCCGGCCUUUCAGCUGCUUUCAGCAGACGGGUUGAAUUUGCAGAUUCGGUCAAAUGCAGACACUGCUGUCGUUUCUCAUGGUAAAUUGCAUGAUAUUAUAUUGGAGUCUAUUCUCAGUCAGAAAUGUGAAUGGUUUCAAACCGUGCAGGCAGCCCUAUCAGCCCAAGGACAAGAGGUUGAAAUUGUUUCUGUCGGCGGCCUAGGGGCAGUACCUCCCUCCAUCAAGAGAAAGGAAUUACGGAAUGGAGACGCCUCACUCCAGAUGGAAUCGACAAAUGAAAAUCUCAGCAACUCUCCCAGUCUACCCUCCGGCCUUGAAACUCCCAGUGACCUGAGCUGGACAACCCCAAGUGCAUCAGGAGCCAUUGCGGUAAUUGGGAUGGCCUGUCGCUAUCCCCAGGCAGAUUCGGUGGAGGAAUUCUGGAACCUCAUCACCUCGGGUAGAAACGCGGUCAGCCCACUGCCAAAGAAUCGGUUCAACUCGGAAGAUCUAUGGCGAGACCCCAAAGGUCCAUUCUGGGGGAAUUUCCUCAGAGAUCCUGAUGCAUUUGAUCACCGGUUUUUCAAGAUCUCUGGACGUGAAGCUGCGUCCAUGGAUCCACAGCAGCGACUCCUUUUACAGGUUGCAUAUGAGGCCAUGGAGACUUCUGGAUACAGUACACAAUCUCAAUGCCAGACCAAUAAUAUCGGUUGCUAUAUUGGCGUCGGAACGGUGGACUACGAGUCCAACAUAGCCUCCGAGAAUGCAACUGCAUUUUCAGCCACAGGGACGCUGAGAGCGUUUAUUAGCGGAAAGGUCAGUCAUUAUUUUGGCUGGACGGGGCCGUCUGUGACAUUCGAUACCGCUUGCUCGUCGUCUGCUGUAGCCAUUCACUAUGCGUGCAAGUCCCUUCAAUCCAAUGAAUGUUCCGUUGCUCUUGCAGGAGGAGUAAAUGUGAUCACCAGUCCGGCUCUCUACCAGAACCUCGCGGCUGCCUCGUUUUUGAGUCCUACCGGCGCAUCAAAAGCAUUUGAUGCUCGGGGUGACGGAUACUGUCGUGGUGAAGGCGCUGGUGUCCUUGUUCUAAAGCCCUUGGCCCGUGCCAUUGCGGAAAAUGACCCCAUCCUUGGGACAAUCUCUGGAUCCGCCGUCAAUCAGGGCUCGAAUUGCAAUCCCAUAACCGUUCCGGACUCACGGUCACAAAGUAGUCUGUACGAGCAAGCGUUAGCCGUUGGUGAUGUGCACCCGAGCGAGGUAUCUUUUGUCGAAGCACAUGGCACGGGAACCCCUGUAGGUGACCCCAUUGAAUGUGACAGUAUCCGUCGUGUCUUUGGAGAUCCUCGCCGUGCCCAAGAGUUAUUUAUCGGCUCAGUCAAAGACGUCGUCGGCCAUACAGAGGCAGCAUCGGGGGUAGCUGGAUGUAUUAAAGCGCUUCUUAUGAUGCAGCACGGCAUCAUCCCCAAACAGACCAACUUCAUCCAGUUAAAUCCGAGGAUUCCAGCGCUAGAGCCAGAUCGCAUGGCCAUUCCACAGAAAUCGCAGCCGUGGCACUCGUCAAGGCAGACGGCUUUGGUGAACAACUAUGGAGCGGCGGGGAGCAAUGCAGCCAUCGUGUUGCAGAAAUACAUUCCAUCCAAUAGCCAGAGACAGGUAACUACCACGACAUCAGCAAAUAGUCUGGAGUAUCCCAUCUUUAUCUCGGCCAAGACAACGGAAAGCCUGAUCGCAUAUAGUACAGCGUUGCAAGCAUACAUUGCCCGGACACCCGAUGUAGAGCUGGCUGAUAUUGCGUGGAAUUUGGCUCGCAAGCAAAACCGAGAGCUAGAAUUUAUUCAUACAUCGACUAAACCCCCUGUCGUGUUAUGCUUUGGAGGUCAAACAGGUCAUACCAUCAGUCUUUCCGAGGAUCUGGUUGAAAAUUCAGCAUUGCUUCACAGCCAUCUGAGCCAGUGCGACUCUGUCUGUCGUUUACUGGGGCUACCCGGUCUGUUUCCCCGUAUCUUUGAUCCUGCCCCCGUCGAGGAUCUGGUCACUCUCCACGCGAUGCUCUUCUCGAUCCAGUAUGCCAGCGCCAAAGCAUGGCUAGAUGCAGGUCUAGAGGUCACGACACUUGUUGGACACAGCUUUGGACAGUUGACUGCACUUUGUGUCGCCGAUAGUCUUGAUCUGCGAGACGGAAUUCGUCUCGUCACGGAUCGUGCCCGGUUCAUCCAGAAGCUAUGGGGAGCAGAUCCGGGUGUCAUGUUGUCGGUUGAAGGAAGUCGCGAUCAGGUCAACGAUCUCCUUGAUGAGACCAGGAAAUUAUAUCCAUCCAGUACGGUCGACAUAGCCUGCUACAACAGUCCCCGUCAUAUCAUCCUUGCCGGUGAUGGUGACUCCAUCAAAGCAGUCGAAACGGUCUGCCGCACGGGGGCAGCAGAUGUGAAAAUAGCAAGAUUGAAAAACAGUCACGCGUAUCAUUCCACGCUCACCGAUCCUAUCCUUUCCAGCCUCUGGGCAGUGGCAAAGGCCAUCUCAUGGAGACAGCCGAUCAUCCCUGUUGAAACAUGCUCUCCCCAUGAGGCCUGGCCAGAGAUAACUGCAGACAAGAUUGUGCAACACACGCGCCAACCUGUUUAUUUCGUCGAUGCUGUUCAGAGAAUUGCUGCUCGACAUAACUCUGCUGUCUGGCUCGAGGCCGGAUCUGCGUCGCCCAUCAUGCCAAUGCUUCGUCGUGUGUUACCCGACUCCCGUCGCGAUCUCUUCCUUCCGGUCAAUCUGGGCCGCAGCGCAUGGAAUGGUCUUGCCCAGAUUACUUCAAAGCUGUGGGAAGCUGGAUCGAAAUCGCACUUCUGGCCAUUCCAUACAUCGCAGCGAGGCGGAAAUGGCUGGCUUGACUUGCCCUCGUAUCAAUUUGCCAAAAACAGGCACUGGAUCGAAUACAACCCUUUUUCCGGUAUCCAGGAAAAUGAUACAAGCGGCCCAACAGAAAGCAAGCCCACAGGACUUGUGCACGUCGUGCAGAAUACCAACGCACAAGCUUUAUUUUCCAUUAACACCUCCCACGAUGUCUUCUUGCUCUGUGUCAGCGGCCAUGCGGUACUUGGCCAGAGUCUGUGUCCAGCGUCGCUGUAUUUUGAGCUAGUGAUUCGAGCUGCAGAGUUAUUGGCCAAUGGCUAUACAACCGUCCCUCAUAUCUUAGAUUUGCGCAUUCUUUCGCCUCUUCCAUUGACUCCAGCUGGAAGACUGCUUCUGUCAUUGUCCAAGAGUGCAGACAGCCAAUGGGCCUUCUCACUCUCCACACAAUUUAAUGAUCAGUCACAGACCGUUCAUGCCAAUGGCACGGUAUCCUUAUUGGAUAAGUGUAGUAUAGCUGCACGAUUUCAGACAAUGCGACGAUUGCUGGGACGCUCGCGAUACAGCCAGAUUGUGAGCUCCCCCGAGGCCAACAGACUGUCCGGGGACGUGAUCUAUAAAAUCUUCGGACAGACCGUCAACUACGCAAAAUAUUACCAGGGAGUGCGCAAUGUCGUCGCGUAUGAGUCCGAGGUCGUGGGAGAUGUCGUUCUUCCUCCUCGACCUUCCAAUCUGCCCGCUGGCGCCUCGGACCCGGUGGCAGUCGAUAACUUCUUGCAGGUCGCAGGUAUUCAUGUCAAUUGUCUGAAGGAUUGCAAAGCGGAUGAGGUUUUCAUCUGUACCAAAAUUGGCGAAGUCACGUGGGGUGCAAUAAUUGGGAACGAUUCUCCUGAUGCUCGGUCGUGGACGGUCUAUUCAAAUGUCGAAAUCACAGGGAUGGGCACCGUUGCGAACGAUAUUGUAGUCUUGGAUCCAACAUCGGGCGACGUCGUUCUCAUGCUAAUGGGUGCAGAAUUCACCUCUGUAUCGCUGAGUUCGUUGCACAAGGUCCUGUCCAAGCUAAACCACAGCCCGGUGUCUCUUCCUGUCCGUCCAGCACCAGCAGAAGAAGCUGAGCAGCCAAAGAGCAGUGGUAUAUCGUCGAACAUCCAAGAUGUCCUUCCAAUAGAACCAAAGGUAAAUGGAACGGUUAGUGUCCUCCCAUUCGUCCAGGAGAUGCUCAGUGAGGUUCUUGGAGUCGGCAUCGAGGAGGUCCAGCCACAUUCUUCCCUCAUUGACCUGGGUGUCGAUUCGUUAAUGGUCACCGAAAUUGCUAGCGAAAUCAACACACGAUUCAAGGUCAACCUCUCCGUUAAUGAUCUGCAGGAUCUGGAUGAUGUCCAAUCUCUGUCUGAAAGGCUGCAGCCUCUGGUUUCCGGUCCUGUCGAUGAACCAGACGAUAUGGCUGUGCCGCCAGGAGAUACUACUAUAGACCACGGGCUGGCAUCGAUCAGUAGUAACUAUAUGACAAAUAACGGCCACGUGUACGAUACUGUCGUUGAAGAAGCCAGAUUGAGUCGAUUCCGCGAGGCCGUCUUUCCUCUUCAAUCAGAGCUGGUCGUGGCGUAUAUCGUUGAGGCAUUCGCCGCUCUGGGAUGUGACCUUGACACGUUACGUGCGGGUGCACCUCUGGAGAAAAUCGCCUUCAGCCCAAAGCAUCAGAAGGUUAUGGAUCAGAUCUAUCAUAUUAUUCAAGUUGCAGGAAUUGUCCGUUCGCAUAAAGGGGGGUUUGUCCGGACUGAUGAAUCACUGCCCCGUGCAUCAGCACAGGAACUGCACAACGCCAUUGUCGACCAAUUCCCCCAGCAUGUUUCCGAGCAUAAACUACUGCACACCACGGGUCCUCAUCUCUCUGACUGCCUGACAGGAAGUACAGAUUCUUUGUCUUUGCUAUUUGGAAAUGCCAAAGCUCGUGGGCUGCUAGAGGACGUCUAUACCAAUGCCCCCAUGUUCAAGGCGGGCACGUUGUUUCUCUCCCGCUUCCUAGUUGACGUCUUUGGCCACUUUGAAGGCAAUCGAGAGAUCCGAGUGUUGGAACUCGGGGCUGGAACCGGUGGCACGUCAAGCUAUCUCAUUCAGAAACUCACGGCUUCUCAUCGCAAGUUCCAGUAUACCUUUACAGAUCUCUCGCCAUCUCUGGUGGCCGCGGCAAAAAGGAAAUUUGCCAGGUAUGACUUUAUGCAGUAUGCUGUGCUGGAUAUUGAGCAAGAACCCCCCGGGCAUUUACUGGAACAGUACGACGUGGUGAUCUCAACCAACUGCAUCCAUGCCACGAGGAAUCUUGUUCACUCUUGUACCAACAUUCGUCGCAUGCUGCGCAGGGAUGGCAUCCUCUGUCUGUUGGAGUUGACGCAGAACCUUUUCUGGUUUGAUCUAGUGUUUGGCCUUCUCGAGGGCUGGUGGAUGUUUGACGAUGGUCGCCAACAUGCCCUCGCAUCAGAGGGUUUGUGGGAGAAGAAUCUUCUGGAGUCGGGAUACCGCUGGGUCAAGUGGUCCACUGGCGAGAAAGAAGAAUCUAACAUUCUCCGGCUGAUCGUGGCUUCGGCAUCAGACGAGGCUCGAGAAGAAGCCAACGCCAGCCAGUCUCCCGUAACGCAAGAGACAGUCAUUUUCAAACAUGCCGAUUCCCUGCCCUUGCAAGCGGACAUCCACUAUCCACAACCCAUCCAAAAUGGCAGUGCUCGUCCCAUCGCCCUGAUGAUCCACGGCGGAGGCCACGUUAUGCUCUCCCGGAAAGACGUUCGCCCCAAUCAAACGCAGAUCUUACUCGAUGCCGGUUUUCUUCCGAUUAGUAUUGAUUACCGUCUCUGCCCCGAGACCUCGAUUCUCGAGGGCCCGAUGACAGACGUGCGUGAUGCACUACAGUGGGUCAGAACCGUACUUCCGUCGCUUUCUCUCCGACGGCCCGACAUCCGCUUCGCUGGAGACAAGGUCGUCGCCGUCGGCUGGUCUACUGGAGGCCAUCUGGCCAUGACGCUUGGUUGGACAGCACCUGCCGCGGGGAUCGCACCGCCAUCUGCUAUCCUGGCAUUUUACUGCCCAACCGACUACGAAGAUCCAUUUUGGUUCCAUUCCAAUCUACCGUUUGAUGAGGCCACGACCGGUGAUUACAAUCUGUGGGAUGGUGUUUCUGACACUCCCAUCGUGGCUUACAACCCCCCUCCAUCGACGCAGGCAGCCGGCGGUUGGAUGUCGAAAAGUGAUGCUCGGUCUCGAAUUGCCCUACAUAUGAAUUGGCACGGGCAGACCCUGCCCAUCCUUAUCCAUGGGCUCAAGGAUAAGAGCAAGGCUCGGGACGGAAAGUCGAUUCUCCCACGCCCAACACUCGAACAAAUUCAAUCGAUUAGUCCGUUGGCCCAGAUUCGUGGCGGGAAAUAUCGCACACCGACCUUUAUUAUUCAUCCGAGACAGGACGAUCUAAUCCCGUGGCAGCAGGUGCAGAGGACGUAUGAAGCGUUGAUAGGGAAUGGGGUUGAAGGAGAACUUAGAAUCGUCGAUGACGCGGUGCAUUUGUUUGAUCUCUAUCCAAGGUUUGAUAAUCAUCGUCAGGCAAUGGAGACAGUUGAGGCUGGGUAUUCAUUUCUUCGUUCUUAUACUUCUGUUUAACAGGAUACAUGGCGUUACUUGGAGUUCCGGGUAGAACUUUAUGUACCGGGCAUGAUAAAACUGGUGCUUAACUUUCAAUCAGACAAACCAAAUAAUUUCUUUUGAUGCCUUG